AUGGAGUCAAGGUCACACCUCACCCCGGCUGAGCUCAACGCCGCCGCCCUCGACCACUUCGUCUACCAACCCGUCAGCAAGUCGAUGAUUUCCUACCUGGCCGGCGCCGCCUUCAAUGUCAUCUCCUGCGACAGCGCCCUCAUGCCUCCCGCUUCCGCCGAGGCCUACCGUCAACAACAGCUUCCCCCGACACCGCCAAGGACACCCGAGCCCCGCGCUGUCCGCACCGAAGACGCCGACCUCCCCACCCUCGAGGCCUUCAUCACCCAGCUUGUUGUCUCUUCCAACGUCCAGGUUCCGACACUCAUGUCUACCCUGGUCUACCUCACUAGACUCAAGUCCCGCCUGCAGCCCAUGGCCCGCGGUCUGCGAUGCACCACCCACCGCAUCUUCCUUGCCGCCCUCAUCCUCACUGCCAAGUACCUCAACGAUAGCUCACCCAAGAACAAGCACUGGGCCACCUACAGCCACGUCAACAACGACCUGUCCAACUUUGGCUUCAGCAGGACAGAGGUUAACCUGAUGGAGAAGCAGCUUCUCUUCCUCCUGGAUUGGGACCUGAGGAUCAGCGAGGAGGACCUCUACCGCGAGCUCGACCCCUUCCUGGCGCCUAUCCGCGCUGAAAUCGAGGCUAAGCACGCUCGUCGCAUUGCCCGCCGCCGCAAGCAGGAGGAGGAGAUGCGCAAGAGACAGGAGGAGCUCAUCGCCAUGCAGUCCUACCCCAGCCCGCCAUCCUCGCGCGCCAGCUCUCGCUCGCGACAGGAGACCCCCGACCACGCUCGCUCAUACAGCGGCGCCUCCAUUACACCACCUGGUCUUUGCUACAGCAGCAGUUAUGGCAGCUCCAUCAGCUCUUACGCUCCUUCUGUCGCAUCUAGCCGGUCUCAGUCCCGCGCCACCACCCCGCUCGACAACCCCGCCGAGGAGCCUUACAUGUACGUGCCCAACGGCAGCUUGUACGAGUCUCCCGUGGAAGUGCACAUCGAGCAGCCCGCAUCAACACUGCCGAAGCGCAAGCCUCUCCUCCCGUACGAGAUCAGCACUGAGGAGCUGCGCGACAUGCAAGACGGCACCAAGGCGAAGAGGGCACGCAUGGGACGUGGCAUGUGGGGCCGCGUCUUCGGUGGCGCCGUGACAGUGCGGUAG